AUGGCGACUCCAGAGGCACAGGAGGCGGCAGCUAAGCAGCGAAUCAUCAGGCACAUGAACGCAGAUCAUCAUGAUUCUAUCCGUCGCUACGUCGAAGCCUACGCCUCCAAAAGUCCUAGGCAAAGCCGGUCUGCCCAGAUGACGGACAUCGAUCUGAAUCAGAUGAAGUUCAGUUGCGGUGGCCAAGCAAGUACUGUCGCGUUCGAUCCGCCUAUGAAGUCUCUCCGCGAAGCAAGAGAACGUCUCGUUCAAAUGGAUGGAGAAACUCUGCAGAUCUUAGGCCGGAGUGACAUCACGAUCACUCGAUACGUUCCAGCGUACGUCAAGCUGGGCCACUUAUUCAACUUCACUCAAUGUGCCUUACUCUUCCUUUUGCUGCCAAGAGGGAUGAAUUUCAAGCCUGGCAGUCUGCUGUACGAUCAUCUUCUGUACACGGUGCCCGCUUUCGCAAGGUUCGUGCUGCAGGUCAGAUGGAUUGUUCUGCCUCUCGUGUUGGCCAUUCACGUUACCGAGGCAUACCUCAUGGCGAACAAGGUCAAGAGACAUGGAUUGAAUUCAGCUGAUGCAGUGUGGUGGAUGUGGCGCGAUUCGACAUUGGCAACCCCAGAUCCUCCAGCUGGCUCGAAAACCGCAGGCCUAGUUGACCAGCAACUACCGUACAUGGUCCCAACCUAUGUACGCCCGCCGCCGAUGUUCGAGAAGGGUGAGGGAUGCUACAUGUGGGACGUCGAGAACAGGAAGUACCUAGACUUCACAGCCGGUAUCGCGGUCAACGCUUUGGGGCAUUGCGAUGCUGGAGUGGCUGAGGUCAUUGCUCAACAGUCCAAGCAGCUCAUGCACACCUCCAACCUCUACCAUAACCCCCAUACUGGCCUCCUCUCGAAACAGCUGAUUCAGCUCACGCACGCGACCGGCGGCUUUGCCAGCGCCACCAAGACCUUCAUCUGCAACAGCGGUUCUGAAGCCAACGAGGCGGCUAUCAAGUUUGCACGCAAGACUGGAAAGUCGCUGCAACCAGACGGUAGCAAGUACGAGUUCGUCUCAUUCCACAACUCCUUCCACGGCAGGACUAUGGGAAGCUUGAGCGCCACACCGAACCCUAAAUACCAGACACCCUUCUCUCCCAUGGUUCCCGGAUUCAAGUACGGAACAUUCAACGAUAUCGAGGGUAUCAACAGCCUGGUCACCGAGUCGACAUGUGGUGUCAUCAUCGAGCCGAUUCAGGGAGAGGGUGGUGUCAAUGUCGCAACACCUGAGUUCCUGCUUGCCCUUCGCAAGCGUUGUACAGAGGUUGGCGCAGUCUUGAUCCACGACGAGAUCCAGUGCGGUCUCGGCCGUACAGGUACCUUUUGGGCACACGCCCUGUUCCCGAAAGAGGCCCACCCAGACAUCGUUACUACGGCCAAGGCCCUGGGCAACGGUUUCCCUAUCGGUGCCACCAUUGUCAAUGACUUCGUCUGCGACCACAUCAAGACUGGCGACCACGGAACAACAUUCGGUGGCAACCCGCUCGGUAGUCGUGUAGCCUCUUACAUCCUUUCUCGCCUCUCAUCACCUGAGAUCCUGGACGCCGUUCCGGCCAAGGAGCAGGCAUUCCGCAAACACUUCGAGACUUUGCGUCAGCAGUACCCAGAUCAGAUCAAAGAGAUUCGCGGCAAGGGUCUGAUCCUGGGUAUGCAGCUCGAUGCUGAUCCCACUGAGAUUGUCACAGCUGCUCGCGAGAGGGGAUUACUCAUUAUCACUUGCGGCACCAACACACUGCGGUUUGUGCCUCCUCUGACAAUCACUGAGGCGGAGAUCGAGGAGGGCAUGGAGAUUCUAGGCCAGGCAAUGAAGAGCGUAUGGAUUAAGGGCGAGGAGGUCAAGGGCACAGACGGCCAGCAGGAGAUGCGAUAA